AAAAAUAAAUUGUACUUCUUCUUUCGCUAUAGAAACAUACCCAAGUGUUUCCAGAUGUUCCUAUUUAUAGUCAAUGCCCUGUUUAAAGUUAUUUUGAAAUAUGGAACAACUGUCAUAAUGGAAAAAAAUUCUCAUGCUAUUUUUAAACAAAGAGAAUGCACCAAUGUACUUUUGUGUGUUAUUAAUUGCAGGAAUUCAGUAUUUACAUGAGACCCUCACAGCAGAGCAAGAAUGUUAGCAAUUUGAAUGAAGAAAAAAGCAAAGAGAAAUUAAAAUAAGUAAAACCCGAGAAAGUCGAACAACUCCAAGAACUGCAUCAGAAAACACUUUCCUAAGUGGCAUAACGAUUCUUAUACUUGCAUUAUAAAAUGUCAUCAUUCGAUAAUGGUCUUCCAGCAAACAUGCCUUUCUGGGUGUAUUUUGUCUAACAGCUUUAUAAUAGCAUCUCUCUGUGACCUUGGCAGUUGUGUAGUGAAAGAAUAGCAUAAUCAUUAUAUUUACUCUGUCACUCUGCCAGUAGAGAUUUAUAUCCUGCUUAUCAGACCUUACACGUUUUAUGUGCACGUCAUCAUUAGCUAAUAUCACGAGUAUCCUAAUAGCACAGCAAGUCAUAGAUGAGAAUGAGAAGAUGUUGGUUCUAUUGGAUUACCUAAUGCUGUAUGGGCAUAUUUUAAUGGACAAAGCUUAAGGAUGAACUUCAUGCUCAAAAGUUCUAUCCAUUUGCCAAAAAACUUGUGGCACAAAGACAUUUCUAUUUGUGAAACCCAUGCAUGAAGGUGAACAUUUUCAAGAGCUACAAUGCAAUUGCAAUACUGUUUUGAAACAAUCAACAAAUCAUGUGAAAAGCACUGUUGGCACAACAGCAUAAGGAUUCCAAUGUAUGUUUUUAUGGUAAGCACUAUCUUGACAACAAUGGCUGGAAACCUUGCUGUUAUCAUCUCCAUCGCUCAUUUUAAACAACUCCAUUCUCCAACUAAUUCCUUAAUCCUUUCCAUGGCCACUGUGGACUUUUUAUUAGGAUUCCUUGUUAUGCCGUACAGUAUGGUGAGAUCGGUGGAAAAUUGCUGGUAUUUUGGAGAUUUUUUUUGUAAAAUACAUACAGGAACAGACAUAAUGCUCAGUACAGCAUCAAUAUUCCACCUCUCCUUUAUAUCUGUGGACAGAUAUUAUGCAGUAUGCAAUCCUUUGCGCUAUAAGGCAAAAAUAAACAAAUUUACUGUUCUUGUCAUGAUUGUAACCAGCUGGGUUAUCCCUGCUAUUUUUGCAUUUGGCAUGAUCUUUCUCGAGCUGAAUCUAAAAGGCUCGGAAAUAAUUUUUUAUAAUAAAGUCUACUGUGUUGGAGGUUGCUUUGUAUUUUUUAGCGAAACAUCAGGAAUUAUUGCAUCUAUGCUGUCAUUCUUUAUCCCUGGAGUUGUUAUGAUCUGCAUAUAUGGAAAGAUAUACAUUAUUGCCAGGAGACAAGCAAGAUCAAUAAAAGAUGGCACUAGUCAGAUACAAUUCCACACACAUUUUGUAAAGUCAAAUACAUCAAGAUGCAGAGAAAGAAAAGCAGCCAAGACUCUGGGUACAAUAAUGGGGGUGUUCUUAAUUUGUUGGUCACCUUUCUUUUUCAGCACAGCUAUCAGCCCAUUUACAAAUUAUAACAUCCCCUCCAUUGUUAUUGAUGCUUUUGUAUGGGUUGGAUAUUUAAAUUCAACUUUUAACCCCAUGGUCUAUGCCUUCUUCUAUAUGUGGUUCCGAAGAGCACUAAAAAUGAUUCUGUUCGGAAAGAUUUUUCAAACUGAUUCUUCAAGAACUGUUUUGUAUCUGGAAUGACUCAGGAUAUAUUUAAAGGAAUAAAUGGAAAUUUUUCCUUUUCUUAUUUUCACCCUAUGAACUGCGCUUUGCCCUUCUAGCUGCUUGGUUUUGCACUGCGAAAAAAUAAUUUUGUACUACUAAGUUAAAAACUGAGAUUACAUGAUGGUGUGUCAUGGUCAGUAUUUACAGAAGGAAGACAACAUAAUUGCACUAAGAAGAGCACAAAAAAAUUAUCUCUUUUAGAUUUAUAAUUGACUAUGUAAUGCUGAGACCUGCUGAUUUGAUACACAUCCAUUGAAUGGUUUAGGUGUAUCUUCAUAUUGCAAAGUUUUGGUACAUAUAAAAGAGAUUGUACAGAGUUUGUACUGCUUGUAUACUGCAUGACCAGCUUUCAGCCUUGAUCAGUUUCUUAAGCUGAAAACCAUUUUGUUUUCGGCAAUGCCUUAUGGGGUACUUGGAGGACAGUUACCACUGCAUAUUACCAACUACAUAAAGAUCAUGGUUGCUGCCUGCAGGAACUUGAAAGUAUACCACUGAUUCAACUUCCACACCAAAUCUGUAGUGGUAAUAUUUCAAUUCCAGGAAAAUGGCAGGAAUUUUAAUGUGUUUUCUCAGAGGCAUCAAUGACCAGGGAUAGGCAAAGGUCUGAAUGAGCAUCUGAAUAGGUGCUGUCUACAAAAAGCACCAGAACUUUUGUUUCCAAUUUUAAGUUUGUGUAAGUGACUGUUACAUUAAAGUCUAAAAAUGUUA